UUGGGGCCUGUUAGUAUCCAGGUGUACACAAAUUGCAGAAUCUCUUGGGUCUCCACAACCUCUCCGAUUUCCAAGCCAAACAAACAACCGGAAACCAAUGUCGGUGGAAGGAAAGAAAAAUAGGAAAAUAAAACAACCAAAAAAAUGAAAAAAUCAAUAGGAGUCUCUCUGCUCCUCCAAUCAUUUCCUUUGCCUCUGCAACUGUUCGUCUUCCAUAGGAAAAAAAAAAGCUUCAAACAGAGGAAAAGCAGAAAGAUCUAUAAUGGUAAAAGGCGAAACACAAACCUUAACCUUUCAAAAGGAAUGCGUGUUGCUUUCUCCAAGGAAUCUCUUCACUGGUUACUCCAGUUGAAGGUAACUUAGGAUUCUCAACCAAACCCAAUUCGUUAAACUCUUUCGAAGGUUUGUUGGUUGAAGAGUUUUUCGAUUUGUUAAAGGGUUUGGUUGGGGAUUGAAAGAGAGAGAGAGAGAUUUAGAGAGAUUAGGAAAUGCCAAGAAGCAUUGUGCAAAUCGGCAGUCCUAGCCCUAGAUGUUCCUUUGAUGGUUUUGGAGGAGAUUUCCCAACUUUUAGUCCUUUGUGUAGCGAUGUUGUUAGUCGCCGGAGUUAUUACCACAAACUUCCUCAACUGCUCUACAAGCUCUCUAUUCUCAAAUUGGAUGGUUCUUCCUUUGAUGUUCAAGUUGCGAGGACGUCUUCAGUCGCCGAAGUCAAGGAGGCGAUAGAGGAUUUCUUUCAUUUGUCGCCAAAGGAUGGUCAAGACGAAAUUUCCUGGUCACACGUAUGGGGUCAUUUCUGCUUAAGCUUUGAAGGUCAGAAACUAGUUAACGACAAGGCUUAUAUCAGAAGUUUUGGGAUCAAGGAUGGUGACCAGGUGUGUUUGGAUUUAUUUUAUUAUUCUCAUUGCUUAGUAUAAUGGGUUUUGGUAAAUUGUCAUACUAGUUGUCUUUCAAUUUGAAAUAUUCUGAAGAUCAAAUAAGCAAAGAAACAUGGUAAACUCAUAGAAGUAGCUGGCAAAGACUGAUACAUAUAUGUUGCAUAUAUAUAUAUAUAUAUAUUUACAUAACAUAGGCAUUCAUGUUGUGUUUCACUAGGUGUAGUAGUUAUUGAAUGUGUUUCUCGCAUAUUGGAGACUCGACUCCUGAGAUUUUUCAGUUAUUCAUGUUGAAUCAUACCUUGGUUUUUCUCUCUUUCUAAUUAACAUCUCUGUUG